AAAAAAAAAAAGUUCUACCGAGUGAAUUUAUAGUUAAAAAACUUUGGAACAAAACAGGAUUUGGAGAAGCAACGAUGGUAGCCACUAACAGUGUCGGUUUCAAUUCUAAGUUCACCAUUUACAUGGUGGCAUGUUGGCUUCUUGCUGCAUUUGGAGGUCUCAUGUUUGGCUAUGACAUCGGCAUUUCAGGUGGAGUGACAGGCAUGGAUGACUUCUUGAUAAAAUUCUUCCCAAAAAUCCAUGAAAGAAAACUUCAUGCCCAAGAAAACAAUUUCUGCAAAUACGAUGAUCAAAUGCUCCAGCUUUUCACAUCUUCCUUGUACCUUGCUGCUCUUGUUGCCAGCUUUGGUGCAUCAAAGGCAUGCAAUGUCUUAGGUCGCAAACCCACCAUUCUAUUGGCAUCAACAUUCUUCAUUGGAGGAGCUGCUUUGAGCGCUCUAGCUGAACAUAAGUGGAUGCUGAUUUGUGGGAGGAUUCUUUUUGGCGUUGGAGUUGGGUUUGGCAAUGAGGCUGUUCCUUUGUUCUUGACAGAGAUAGCACCAGUCCAAUACAGGGGAGCAGUCAACAUUCUCUUCCAACUCUUUGUAACAAUUGGAAUCUUCAUAGCUAACCUAGUUAACUAUAGAACCUCAAAUAUGCAUCCCAAUGGUUGGAGGGUAUCUCUGGGCUUAGCCGCAGCUCCUGCUGUCAUCCUCUUCAUCGGUUCUCUUAUCAUCACAGAAACACCAGCAAGCCUUAUUGAAAGAGGAAAUGAUGAAGCAGGCAAGGCAGCACUGAAGAAGAUCAGAGGUGUCGACAAUGUUGACGCCGAGUAUGAACAGAUCAAAGAAGCCUGUGAACAAGCUCGUCAAGUGAAACACCCAUUCAAGAAGUUGAUGAAGCUUUCAAGCAUGCCACCAUUGAUCAUAGCUAUACUGAUGCAAGUUUUCCAGCAGUUCACUGGGAUUAAUGCUAUAAUGUUUUAUGCACCAGUGCUUUUCCAGACAGUUGGAUUCAAGACUGAUGCUUCUUUGUUGUCUGCUGUAAUUACUGGGUUGGUGAAUGUUGGUAGCACUUUCGUGUCAAUAUUCUCUGUUGAUAAGUUAGGAAGAAGGAAAUUGCUUCUCCAAGCUUGUGUGCAGAUGCUCAUCGCCCAGCUUGCAAUUGGAGCUAUUUUGAAGGCUCACUUGAAGGAAACAGGUUCACUAGACAAAACUCUGGCUAUUGUAGUGGUGGUUUUGGUCUGUAUGUUUGUUAUGUCCUUUGCAUGGUCAUGGGGACCUCUCGGAUGGCUCAUUCCCAGUGAGACCUUCCCUCUGGAAACCCGAACUGCAGGCUUUGCAUUCGCAGUGAGUUCCAACAUGUUCUUCACCUUCGUGAUAGCUCAGGCCUUUUUAUCCAUGCUUUGCCACAUGCAAGCAUACAUAUUCUUCUUCUUUUCGGGCUGGAUUGUGGUGAUGGGGCUGUUUGUGGUGUUCCUGUUGCCGGAGACAAAGGGUGUUCCGAUCGACGCCAUGACGGAGAGAGUGUGGAAGCAACAUCCAGUGUGGAAGAGAUUCUUCUCCGGUGAAGGGCCAAAGAGUUAUCCCAUGGCCUGAAUUGGGUAGAAAGUGUAUACUGUAUUGAGAUGAAAUUACAUUCUCUUCCGCCCUUGCUUUGUAAUUUGAGAUUUAAUUGGAAAUGGAU